AUGACGAACAGGAGGUCAGCUAUGAAGGCAAAGCAGAGGAAGAAGAUGUAUGUCAGUGCGCUUGAAUAUAACUUGGAAAGGUUGUACUGUGAAGCGGCUGCUCUGUCUGCUCGGUUGAAUCUAUGGAUGACAGAUGCCCUUUACAUACAUGCAGACAACAAGAGACUGAGGCAAUGCCUGCACCAUAUUGUGCAACAAAUUCGAUUGCAAGACACCUUGAUGGAUGAGACUCAAAAAGAGAUUCAAGAUCUGAAAAGAUUUGUUUGGUCACACAAGACCUCAAAAAAUUGA